UCACAUUUUUUUUUUCAUCUCUAAAAUUCAUUUUUUCUCCAAAAAAUUUUACGAUUUGAACAAAUUAGAACAAGAAAGAACAGAAGAAGAACAAAAUCUUGAAAAUCUCAAUCAUCAACUGAUAAAUAUUAACAAAAAAAAUAACAAAGAUUAGGCAAGCGAGAUAGAUUUCUUACAGCGUUUUCCAUGUCCAGAGCUUAUCUUUGAUUCCAACCCCACAACUCUAAAAUACACAGCGACAAUCAAAAAGUAAGUUUUGUGUUCCUGCCGGACUCCUUCCUUUCACCAACUCAACAUCAAACCCUCCGUCAUCCUUUUUUUUUUUUUUUUGUCUUAAUCGUUCAUCAGAUCCAGUUUUGUUCAUCAUCGAUCAUUAGUUUCGCUGUUGCCUGAUCUAUCUCAGGAUGUGAUGUGUAUGGGGUGACAAUGCCUGAGUUGCGAAGUGGAGCCAGGAGAUUGAGACGGCUUGAUGAUCUUCAGCCUUGUACACAACCACUUGAUCAAGGAGAAAAUUUGGCAGUGCCUGCCCCUAAUAGAACCAGAAGAAGGGUUGGUGGUGGAAGAGGAAGAGGUGGUAAUGCUCCGGCUGUAGCCAAAGGUCCCUCUGUGGUGAUUCCUGCUAGACCAACGGCUACCCGGAGAGGACGUGGAAUCAGAUUGAUAGACUUAGAUCCUGAGCAUUGUGAGGUUCUUCCUGAAGCUGGUGCCCUUGGUGCAGCGGAGCCUGUUUUCAAUCGAGUUGAGGCUGUUGCAAACAAAGAUAUGGCCAAAGAGGGUGGAAGUGCAGAUAAAGUAAUGGGAGUAGAAGAGGAAGCAGACACAUCCUCUGUUCCUGAUAGGGUACAAGUGGGCAAUUCUCCUGUAUAUAAGGUAGAAAAGAAACUUGGCAAGGGUGGUUUCGGCCAAGUCUUUGUUGGUAGAAGAGUCAGCGGUGGAACUGAUCAGACAGGUCCUGAUGCAAUCGAGGUUGCUCUGAAAUUUGAGCAUCACAACAGUAAAGGUUGCAGCUAUGGCCCCCCUUAUGAAUGGCAAGUGUAUAGUACUCUAAAUGGAUGCUAUGGAAUUCCUUGGGUUCACUACAAGGGUCGCCAAGGCGAUUUCUACAUUCUGGUCAUGGACAUGCUAGGACCGAGCUUAUGGGAUGUCUGGAAUACUCUUGGCCAAUCGAUGUCUCCAAGUAUGGUAGCUUGCAUUGCAGUGGAGGCAAUUUCAAUUCUUGAGAAACUUCAUUUGAAGGGGUUCGUGCAUGGAGAUGUGAAGCCAGAGAACUUUUUACUUGGUCAAGCAGGGACAGCAGAUGAGAAGAAACUGUAUCUUAUCGAUCUUGGUUUAGCUUCUAAAUGGAAAGAUGUAGCUAGUGGUCAACACGUUGAAUAUGACCAAAGGCCCGACAUUUUCAGGGGGACAAUAAGGUAUGCAAGUGUUCAUGCUCAUUUAGGUAGAACCGGAAGUCGGAGAGAUGAUCUUGAAUCAUUGGCUUACACAUUGAUAUUCCUUAUAAAAGGAAGAUUACCUUGGCAAGGAUAUCAGGGUGAUAACAAGAGUUUUCUUGUCUGUAAGAAAAAGAUGGCCACUUCUCCAGAGUUGAUGUGCUGCUUUUGCCCAGCACCAUUCAAGCAAUUUCUUGACGCUGUAAUAAAUAUGAAGUUUGAUGAGGAGCCAAAUUAUUCAAAACUAAUAUCCUUUUUUGAAGGCCUGAUUGAUCCAUGUAUACCACUGAGGCCAAUACAAAUUGAUGGAGCAUUAAAGGUCGGGCAAAAGCGUGGUCGGCUGCUUAUAAAUUUGGAAGAAGACGAGCAGCCGAAGAAGAAAGUGAGGUUAGGUAGUCCCGCUACACAAUGGGUUUCAGUUUAUAAUGCACGUAGGCCCAUGAAGCAAAGGUACCACUACAAUGUGGCCGACUCGAGGAUGCACCAACACAUAGAAAAGGGCAACGAAAAUGGAUUGCUUAUAAGCUCUGUGGCCUCUGCAACAAAUCUCUGGGCCCUAAUCAUGGAUGCUGGAACAGGUUUCUCUUCCCAGGUUUACAAGUUGUCAUCUGUGUUCCUUCACAAGGAUUGGAUUAUGGAGCAAUGGGAAAAGAAUUUUUAUAUAAGUUCGAUCGCUGGAGCAGCUAAUGGUAGUUCCCUGGUUGUUAUGUCAAAAGGAACACCUUAUACUCAGCAAUCCUACAAAGUUGGUGAAUCUUUUCCUUUCAAGUGGAUAAAUAAGAAAUGGAAAGAAGGAUUCCAUGUCACCUCCAUGACUACUGCUGGAAGUCGCUGGGGCGUGGUUAUGUCUAGGAAUGCUGGCUUUUCUGAUCAGGUCGUGGAGCUUGAUUUUUUGUACCCAAGUGAAGGUAUUCACCGCAGAUGGGAAAGUGGUUACAGGAUAACAUGCAUGGCAGCAACUGCAGAUCAGGCUGCAUUCAUAUUAAGCAUACCGAAACGCAAAUUGAUGGAUGAAACUCAAGAAACUCUCCGUACGUCUGCAUUUCCCAGCACGCAUGUGAAGGAUAAGUGGUCGAAGAAUCUCUAUAUUGCGUCGAUAUGUCACGGGCGAAUGGUUUGCUAAUUAUUAUGAUUCAUGGACAGUGUAAUUUGUAUGUAUAUUUUGGGUAUGUGCCCCAGCAGCAGAAGGUAGGAAGGUGAGAGUUUUUAUGGGAUUUGGGAGAGGGGAAAGGGAAAUGGGAAGGCCAUGAGGAGAAAUCUUUGGGAUUUGAAAAUGCAAUGCUGCGUUACAUUAGUUUAACUUGUAAUGGUAGGAAGGCUUCAAAACUUCCAUUCAAAAAAUGGGCUUCUCUUUCUUCUAUCCAA